AGAUACACACACCACUGCCAAGCAACCACCACCAAACAUCAAUAGAAAACCCUAAUUUUCCACCCACUGCACACUCUUCAGGUACUUCACUCUCUUACCAAACUCGCUUAUUCUGUGUUGGAAUUGUGCGUAUGGAUUGCUGUUGGUUAACGGGUUUCAGGCUCGUAUGGGGUUGGGUCCAAUGAUGACGCGGAUCUGCUUGUUUGGCUGCAGGGAAAAUUGAGGAGAAAACUCCUGUUUUUUCUUUUUCUUUUUCCUUUCUUAAAAGCUUUGAUUCUGAGGAUUUAAGGGUUGGGAUAUAUGUCCUUCAAUCAAUCAAAGUCCGAUAAGAACGACGCUGUGUACCGAAAAUCCGGGCGAUCCGCCAGCUUCAACCAGCAGCGAGGUUCCUCCGGCGGUGCGUACGGCAAGGGCGGCGCCGGCGCCGCUCCUUCUCCGUCACUCUCCUCUAGCCGGAGUUUUAACAAGAAGUCUAAUAAUAAUGCACAAGGUGGGCAAUCUAGGUUAAACCCUACACCGGUGAAUACAGCCGAGUCUAAUAGUACUUAUGCAGCCCGGACUGUGCCAAAUGGUACCCAUUUGCAGCAGCAAAUUCAUGGCGGAUCUGAUGUGGCAGUUACAAAUACAACUGGCAAGCCAUCUGAAUCGUCCACUGCACAGAGGGGCACCAGAGUUGUUCCAAAAGCUCCUACUUCUCAACCUCCCACCGUGAGUUCUGAUCCAGCAGCUCCUGCAACCCCUGUCAAGGAAGAUGCUUCCAAGGCAUUCCCUUUCCAAUUUGGAUCCAUUAGUCCAGGCUUUAUGAAUGGGAUGGCAAUUCCUGCUCGCACAAGUUCAGCUCCUCCCAAUAUAGAUGAGCAGAAGCGUGAUCAAGCUCGUCAUGAUUCUUUUAGACCUGCACCUUCAGUGCCAAUGCCUCCUGUUCCAAAGCAUCAGCCAGCAAAGAAGGAUACAAGUGUUGCUGUCCAAUCUAAUACUGGGGAGACUUAUAUGGGUACUAGGGCAAAAAAAGAUACUCAUGUGUCACCUUUACCCCCAGCAAGCCAGAUGCAGAAGCCUUCUGUCAUUCCUUUAACUGGAAUUUCAAUGCCAAUGCCUUAUCACCAGUCACAGGCAUCUGUACACUUUGGUGGUCCUAAUCCACAGAUUCAAUCUCAGGGUAUGUCAACGGCAUCUCUUCAGAUGCCGUUACCAAUGCCUUUACCAAUUGGAAGUGCUGGACAAGUGCAACAGCAGGUUUUUGUUCCAAGCCUUCAACCUCAUCCUAUCCAUCCUCAGGGAAUCAUGCAUCAAGGCCAAAACAUAGGUUUCACUCCUCAAAUGGGCCCACAAUUGCCUCAUCAGUUAGGCGGCAUGGGUAUUGGCAUCGGCCCACAAUAUCCCGCACAGCAAGGAGGAAAAUUUGGUGGUCCUCGCAAAACUACUCCUGUCAAGAUAACUCAUCCUGAGACACAUGAAGAGCUUAGACUUGAUAAAAGGGUAGAUGCAUAUACAGAUGGUGGAGCAUCUGGCGCAAGGUCUCAUUCUGGCAUGCCUUCUCAAUCUCAGCCUGCCCAGCCAUUUGCAACUUCUCAUCCUAUUAAUUACUAUCCAUCAAGUUCCUACAGUACCAAUUCUCUCUUUUAUGUGCCUCCUAGUUCUCUUCCAUUAACAACUAGCCAGAUAACUCCUAACUCUCAGCCACCAAGAUUUAAUUAUGCAGUGAGCCAUGGUCCCCAAAAUGUUGGUUUUGUGAAUUCUUCACCUCACAGUUCCCUGCCUGUUAAUAGAGCUGGCACUUCUAUUCCUGGCAAUGCUGAACCACCUAAUCCUGAAUUUUCCCGUGAUGUGCAUAAUGCAAUCUCAUCAGCUUCGUCAGGAGUAACUUCUGUGUCUAUUAAGCCAAGUGGUGGAUCUGGUGUUGUGGACUCAUCAUUUGCCAAUUCCAGUGUAUCUGGUACUCAAAAGAGUGGACCUCCUAGUUCUUUAUUAACAUCUGGUGAUGCUAUCUCUUCUGUACCACCAAAAGGGUCUGAAACAUCUGAAAUCUCUUCACAACAGCUGAAGUUGUCCAGUGAUUCUUCAGUUUUGAGCUCAUUGCCAAAUCUAUCUGCUGCAUCUGCUGUGAAGUCUACAUCAGCUUCUUUGUUGAGUGAAGACUCUGUUUCAGGUGUGCCUAAUAAUGAAAGCAGGAAGCAGGAAUCUCUUAGUAGGUCAAAUUCUUUGAAGGAUAAUCAGAAGAAUGUACAGAAGAAAGGCCAAUUACAGCCUCAGGUUUCUGUACAAUCUCCUGCUGUGGCUAAUGUGGCUUCCCAGGUUGUUGAUGGUGGUAAUGCUGAUGAAGUUUCUGAAACUGUAGGAACUACAGCAAACCAUUCUGCCUCAAUUAUCAGUGAAGAUCACUCAGCAGUAGCUUCAGACAAAUUUUCAACUACCAGUGAGAGCAUACCUUAUGCUGUUGAAAUGAAAACUAAUGGUUCUACACAAGUUUCUGGUGCUUCAGCUGAAGGACCUGUUACUCAAGUGGUGGAUAAUUUGAUCAAUCAUAAGAAUGACAAGCAAAAUGAAUUGUCACAACAGGAUAAACUGCCAAAUCAGACCAUUUUGGAAAUGGGUGGUAAUACAGAAAUUUCAUCUCUUCAAGGAUGUAAACAGGAUAUCAGUGGUGGGGCAGAAUUAAAACAACCUGAGCAAGGUGAUGAGAAAUUAAGCACUGAGGUUGUAACCUCGAGGACUGAGCAGCUAGGGCAGGAUGAAUCUACAAUUUGUAGUGCAGAAUGUGACAGGAUGGCUGAUAAUUUAGACAUGUCUACCUCUACUUCAUUGGAUUCUAAAGAUGUCUCUCUAAAUAGAAAUGAUAGUGUAGUUAGUAAUGAAGCUGUUUCUACAAAUUCUGGCACAUCAGAUCAGCUGUCUGCUGAUCUUCCAGAAACCAAUUUAAAACUCUGCAAGGAUAGUUCAGAGAGUGCUAGCAGUGGUUCAGUGUCUCUUCCAGCAUCAGGUACCAAGGAUAGACUGAUUUCAGAGCCUAGUAAGGCGAAAACUACAAAGGGGAAAAAGAAACGAAAAGAGAUUCUUCAGAAGGCAGAUGCUGCUGGGUCAACAUCUGAUCUGUAUAACGCAUAUAAGGGACCUGAGGAAAAGAAAGAAAAUGUUGUAAGUUCAGAGAAAACAGAAAGUGCUUCUACUUCUGGCAAUUUAGAGCUGUUGCCUACUGAUGCUUCUCAGCCAGAAACUGUAGCAGGUGAGCAAUGUAAGCAGAGUAAAGCUGAAAUUGAUGAUUGGGAGGAUGCAGCUGACAUGUCUACACCAAAACUAGAAGUUACAGAUAAAACUGAAGAGGUUAGUGAUGGAAGUGCAGUAACUGCAAAAAAGUACUCUCGAGAUUUCCUUUUAAAAUUUGUAGAGCAAUGCACUGAUCUUCCCGAAGGUUUUGAAAUCACGGCAGACAUAGCUGAGGCUUUGAUGGGUUCUAAUGUUAGUUCUCAUGUAAUUGAACGUGAUUCACAUUCUUCUGGAAGAAUUAUAGAUAGGUCAGGAGGGAUGUCUCGUAUGGAUCGUCGUGGGAAUGGUGUUAUUGAGGAAGAUAAAUGGACUAGAGUUUCUAAUGCAUUUCAUUCUGGUAUGCGUUUGGAUGGUAUUGGAGGUAAUGCAGGAUUUCGACCUGGUCAAGGUGGCAAUUUUGGUGUUUUAAGGAAUCCACGCGCACAGGCACCUAUGCAAUAUGCUGGAGGGAUUCUUUCUGGACCAAUGCAAUCCAUGGUAAACCAGGGAGGAAUGCAAAGAAAUAGCCCUGAUGGAGAAAGAUGGCAGCGUACUGCUAACAUCCAGCAGAGGGGUCUAAUUCCAUCUCCUUCCCCGCAAACUCCUUUACAGACAAUGCACAGAGCUGAGAGGAAGUAUGAGGUGGGUAAAGUGACAGAUGAGGAAGAGGCAAAGCAGAGGCAGUUGAAAGCUAUAUUGAACAAGUUGACUCCUCAGAAUUUUGAGAAGCUUUUUGAGCAGGUUAAAGCAGUUAAUAUUGACAAUGUAGUCACUCUCAAUGGUGUCAUCUCACAAAUCUUUGAGAAGGCCUUGAUGGAGCCUACUUUCUGUGAAAUGUAUGCCAAUUUCUGUUUCCAUCUGGCAGCUGCAUUGCCUGAUCUCAGCGAAGACAAUGAAAAGAUAACUUUUAAAAGAUUAUUACUAAACAAGUGCCAGGAAGAAUUUGAGAGGGGUGAAAGAGAGCAAGAAGAAGCUAAUAAGGCUGAUGAGGGUGAGGUCAAGCUGUCUAAUGAGGAAAGAGAAGAAAAACGAACCAAGGCAAGAAGACGUAUGUUGGGUAAUAUCAGAUUGAUUGGAGAACUAUAUAAGAAGAAAAUGCUGACAGAGAGGAUAAUGCAUGAAUGCAUCAAGAAGUUACUGGGCCAGUUUCAAGAUCAUGAUGAAGAGGAUAUUGAAGCCUUGUGCAAGCUGAUGAGUACUAUUGGGGAGAUGAUUGACCAUCCCAAAGCCAAGGAACAUAUGGAUGCAUAUUUUGAAAGGAUGAGAUUAUUAUCAAACAACAUGAAUUUAUCUUCUAGGGUGAGGUUCAUGUUGAAGGAUGUCAUUGAUUUGAGAAAGAAUAAAUGGCAACAAAGAAGAAAAGUUGAAGGUCCAAAGAAGAUUGAGGAGGUGCACAGAGAUGCUUCUCAAGAGAGGCUGGCCCAAGCUGGUAGAUUGGGUCGUGGUUCGGGUAACAAUCCACCUAGAAGGAUUCCUAUGGAUUUUGGUCCAAGAGGGUCAUCUAUGUUGUCUUCUCCUAAUGCUCAGAUGGGUGGAUUGCGUGGGUUGCCUACUCAAGGUCGUGGGUAUGGUUCACAGGAUGUUCGCAUGGAUGAUAGGCAAAGUUACGAGGCUAGGACAUUGUCAGUUCCCUUGCCACAGAGACCCUUAGGCGAUGAGUCAAUAACCUUGGGACCCCAGGGUGGUCUUGCCAGAGGAAUGUCCAUUAGAGGUCCACUUGCAGUUCCAAGUUCAACUGCUCUUAAUGGUUAUGGUAAUUUAUCAGAGCGUACCCCAUUCAGCUCUAGGGAGGAUCAUGCAUCAAGAUAUACUCCAGAUAGAUUUGCCGGUUCAACUACUUAUGAUCAAUCUAGUGUUCAAGACCGUAAUAUGAAUUAUGGAAACAGGGACAUGAGAAAUGCAGAUAGGAUUCUUGAUAGACCUGUUGUAACUUCACCACCAGCCCGAGCUCAAGGGACAGCAGUCUCUCAGAAUCCUUCUUCAGGGAAGGCUUUGACAGAAGAGCGACUGCAUGAAAUGUCCAUGUCAGCAAUCAGAGAAUACUAUAGUGCUAGAGAUGUGAAAGAAGUUGUUUUAUGCAUCAAAGAUCUGAACUCUCCAAGCUUUCAUCCUUCCAUGGUUUCUGUCUGGGUCACAGACUCAUUUGAGAGAAAGGACACAGAGAGAGAUCUUUUGGCCCAAUUGCUUGUCAACCUUGUAAAAUCUCAAGAUGGCACCUUGAGUCAAGUCCAGCUCAUCAAAGGGUUUGAAUCUGUUCUCAGUACAUUGGAAGAUGCGGUUAAUGAUGCCCCCAAAGCGCCAGAGUUUCUCGGCCGCAUUUUUGCCAAAGCUAUUACAGAGCAUGUGAUCUCUUUAAAUGAGAUUGGACGGUUAAUACAUGAUGGUGGAGAGGAGCCGGGAAGCCUCUUAGAAGUUGGGCUUGCAGCUGAUGUUCUUGGAAGCACCUUGGAGGUAAUAAAAAUGGAGAAGGGUGAUACUGUUUUGAGUGAUAUCUGUGCAAACUCCAACUUGAAGUUGGAGACAUUCCGGCCGCCGGAUCCUCUUAUUACAUCAAGGAAGUUAGAGAAAUUUAUUUAGGGGCUCAGAGGGGAAAAUUUAUUUAUGUCUAGUGCCAGUAGGAUACUCAAAUUUGCACAAAUGGUUUUCUCCAUGGAGAUGGGUGGGGAGAAUUUUAUAUUCGGAUUUCUUCUGUCUAAAUAUUAUUUCUGCCAUAUCUUCACUGCAA